CGUAGAAGCAACGCGCUUUUGCUAUUAACCAGAAGCCAUCAACAACGCGUUUUCUUUUUUAGGAAUUUAUCGAGUACUUAGUGUAUUCAUCUGUGUUUUUUUCUACUCUUAAAACUUGGACCUUAACGUUGAUAUUUAUUAAAGUCUUUGACGAUCUCAAAUAACCAAUAGAAGUUGCUAGUAGUACGACGCAUUGCUCUUGAAUGAAAGCAGCUUGAGUAGUGAAGAUAUGACAAUGGCAAAGCAAAAGCAUUCAAAAACCAAUUCUGGCAAUUCUUUGAGAAAGAUGUCUGAGAAGCUGAAGGCGCGUUUGAAAUACGCGGUAUUCAAAGUUGAUCGUGGUUGGGAAAACCAAACGUUGGACCAGGUCGAAAGUUUGAUACGGAAAAGAAAAAACGCUCAUCGUAGGUCUCGGUCUAUAAACGAUUUGGAUACCAUGAAUUCGAAGAAGGCUUAUCCAUUUGGAGAAAAUCCACUUAAGACACGCGCUAAUUCCUUCUCUCGAUUGAUAAGUCCACGCGAAGAAUUCUUACAAUUGAUUUCUAAUAAUUUUUCUUCGCCUUUUUCCUCUUCUAGUCCUACCUCUGUGUCAUCGUCUUUAGACAGGACGAGCCCUCCGUGGUUGAAUUCGCAUGAUACUUUGUUGGAGAAGUCAAAAGUCCCCUUUGACCUCCCUUGUUCUUCUCCUACAAACAUGAAUGGAAAUCUAGCUACUAUAUGCAACAGUCAUAUUGCCUUUUUGCAUGAAGGAGGACACAUUGGAUCUAUGAUGAAUUGUUCAUCUCCUUCAGAGCUCUAUAAGCCAAAGGCCCUUAGCAACUGUCCUUCGGUACACUUUUCUCUUUCAAGUGAAGAGUGUAAGGCAGCAGAGGCAAUCUUAAGUUUGGUUCACGCCGUUCCUUCUGGGAAUAUUUCUUUUGAAAGUUCUGAGGAAUGAAAGUAACUGACUCCCUAAUGUAAAUGCUAUGUUUGUUAUGUUGACUGGAAUUGAUUUAUUUAUUUGUGUCAUGUUGCUGAAGAUUUUUCAACACUUGGGUAUCAUCUUCUAUGUCGCUAUUCUCUAUUUAUUUUCCUUUAUUCAUUAUGAUUUUUGUUGAAGUUAAUAUUUUCUCUGAACCCUCUCUACCCCCUCCAUUUUUGGAAGGCAAAAAUACCUUUUGCCGCACUUAACUUUGAAUAGCUUACAGAAGAAGCUCUGGGGUUUUGUUUUCGAACAGGGGAAAAAGAAAGAAAAAAGUGGCAAGAAAAGGAAGAAAUAGAUUUGAUUUAGCCGCUUCUAUUUUCAUGUUUUUGGCUUUGUACAUGGAACCGUCUUUUCGUUCAUACGCGUUCAGCAGAUGUAAGUACCGAGAAUCCUUCAAAUUAGUAAAGAUUAUUACGAUGAUAAAUUUUGUUGACCUUGAUCAGCUUUCAGUAAACCGAAAAUGAACCUUUCCCUUAAAGUCUAUUGUUAUGAGUACCCUUUUCCUGAAUUGUUUUUAUAUUUUAAUGCCAUGUUAUUUUUAAUUAUCCAAGAAUCUCCCUACUUCUCAAGAUGAGAUUUGAACUGUACUUUCGUUUUCAUAUGUACUUACUUGUAUUUCCAACGGAUUUGGAUUUGAGAAGAG